AUGAGCAUCGACGAGCCCGACACGGCGCACUCGAGGGAGGACGUCGCGAGGCAUCGCGAGCUCUCGAGCGAGCAGAGUCAGGGGGUGCAAUCGAGGUCAGAGAAGAGGGGAUACGACGAUGGCGGCUUGCGUGGAGGGGGCGGGAAGAGGCUGGGGAGCGUCGGGGCCGCGGCGAGCUCAGACAUGCUUGAGAGCGUGUUUAUGCCAUGGCGCGCUGCGGGGGCGCAGAGCUUCGAGGAUAGGGAGAUGGAGGAGGCAUACGGGCAGUUUUUCAUUGACUCCAUGUACCGCGGGAUGGUGCCUUUCAUGCAGUUUAUCCUUGCAGUCGCUAGUUGUUUCCAGGUAAUCUACUUCAUGUCAAGAGCAUGGAAGCGGCGGCCGCUGCAGGCGGAGGACUUGUUCAUGCUUGUGAGGAUGGGGAUGAUUGGGGUGGGGUGGGUAUCAACGAUGCGGUGGAGCCGAUGGACAGGGGAGGUGAAGAGGAGGGCAUCGAGGCUGAUGGUGUGGAUGGUGAGACUCAGAAUCUUUGCACUGAUGGCUGAGCACCUAAUCUCGGACGUCCCCUUGGAGAAAUCCUUCCUCGCAGUGUUCACUGUCUCAUUGUCGUCGACAGUCUUGUCGUGGAGCUGGAGGCAUCACGUUCUCAACACGGUGGUCCUAACGCUGUCACGUCAUCUGUCAGUUUUUUUUCAACCGGAGCUGCUUCAGAAGCGAGGGUACGAGCCCGCCUACUUCUGCGUGUUCUUCCUCAUCUUCAAUGCCGCCUCGCUGCUGUCGCUGUCGCUGCACGAGCGCCACAGGAGCUCCUUCCGGAAGAUCUGGGACCCAGCCAAGAAGGACUGA